CUCACGCCACCCUCAUCAAUCGCCAUCAAGUCGUGAAGGAACUCGACUGUACAUGUCUUCAUACCCCCAAGUAUCGUCCUGCCGUACAGUGAGUGAGUGUUACCUUUGUAAUUGUUAGCUUUGGUUCCGACUGAUGCUUAGUGUUGAAUUAUCCAGAUGUCCAUAAUCCGAGAUGACGUUGCCCGGCUCUUCACGUCUUGCAUGACCCAGCACGUCCAACACGAUGCGCUCGAGUUCUUUGUGGUUGCCUCCACCUCUUGGAUGGGAGGGAAGCCGAGGAACCAUUUGCCAUGGACGCGCGCUUGGAACGACGGGUACGAGGACAUCCGCAAGGCAUAUCCGGAGUACCUGAGCGCUUGUGCUGCCUUCUUGAGCUUGCCACGCUCGGCCCACAUCGACGCGAGAAACAUCUACCAUGUAAGGUCAAUCGAAUGGAUGAGGACCACUGGCAGGAGCGGCUGGAAAGAACAGUUGAUGAUGCAAGAGCGAAGAGACCUAAAUGACACCUUCAGCGUAUGCACAUGCACAUUACCGUUCGAUGCAUCGGAUCGGCUGCUCGAGUCGCUGCACCGAUUCAAACCCACCCGCCACUUUACCCUCCAGGAUUUCGUUCAGGCCCUCGUGCGCCAUCUCUCUGGGAUCCUGAACGACGCCGUCGAAUCGAGGACCGUUGCUGGGAUUACUGCACUGGGCGGCCUCAAACGUAACCGAAGAAAGCAUGCUGGUAGUCUUCUCUGGCCGAUGACUGCUAGCCAAUUGAUGCCCCAUGGUCUCGAGCGGUUGAUUGAAGGAUACAUGGGUUCCUUCGGCAUCUGCGUCGAAGAGCGCUUCCCGGAUAUAUUUUUUUUUUUUUUUUUUUUUUGGAUGGCUUAUAUGAACCUUGGCAGGCGACAAUAGGUCGUCCCCAUCGGUCCAGCCAGCGUGCGGGCUGCGCCCGCUAAUGCUUACCAGGGAAAAAUGCUAAUUUACGCACGGCUCUUACGGCCAGUGUGGGGCUCAGUUACCCGGGAUCUUCCUCGAUCCUACAUACUUCCGGGUCAAUACCCACUAAAACCCGCGGGACUAAAGUCCAGUCUUCCGGUAGGCCAAGUUCGUCACCGACUAUCGCUGUCCAUGUGGACCAAACGAGUCGUC